CAGCUCUAAUGUGCUGUGAAUAAAAAAUGUCGUAGGUAGGCAUAAAAAAAUCCUACCCUCUUCUAUUACAUUCUCCAUCUGAUAUAGAAUAUAUGAUAUACACAUAUUCUAUAAACGAAUACAUGAUAUAGAGUCUAUCAUGUAGCGAUUUACUUUUUACUUCUGUGAAUUACAACGUGGUACGGUAGGAAAUGAGGAAGCUUAAAAAGCACAAUUUUCUCACUAAAGCAUAACCAGACAGAGCAGCGUAUUAGGGUUUCUCCACCAGAAGAUGGCAGGCAGUCAAGGGGGACAGAGUUCGACCGGCGAUAGGCCAGCUGAUUUCCCCUAAGAGAUGCCAAGGGCAGCUGACCGCCCCUCCUGGCCCGUGAAGCUGCCCCUUGCGGGCCGAGAACUGCCCAGAGGAGCCAGAGGAGGCCCUCAGGAGCCACAGCUCUCCCUGACCUGGCCUGUAUUUGCACCCCUAGGGAUCCCAUUCCCUUUCCCGACGCAGUGCAAGGAAAGGGAGCGGAAUGGGGGCUGAAAGGCAAUAAAAAACUUGUAAAGCCGUAACUGCUAGUUCUCCCAGUAGCCUAUGUCCCUGCAAACAUCCUCCACAAGAAGUAAACUGGGUGGGUAGUAAGAGGUGAAGGCUCCCUUCUCAGGGCUGCCGGGACGGCCUCGAGGGCUUGUCUCUGUUUAGGUCCCAAUUCCUCCCGGAUCCGUACACUCACACAAGCGCAGGGCAACAAUCUGAGCGAGUGUUCGUGUGUGCCCGUGUGACUCGCCAUUGCGUGGCAGAUGUUCGGUUGAACACUACAGUAAUUUAUGUAACAGGCUUAUGAGCGCAUGUCCCUGGGCCCACAGCUUCGCGGGGGUCUGGUCGAGCGUGCGUCACAAUCUACGCGGCCAAGAGCAAUGCGCACGCGCAAUAUAACGCGGGGCUGCCAGCAACUUCCGGGCGCUAUGGGGCAGGCAAGGCAGUGACGUGUCCUAACAGUCCGACGGACCUAGAUACCCAUCUUUGGUUCCUCCUCUUGGGAUUAGUGUCCAUCUCUGGAAGCACGAUCCAAGAGGACGGGAGGGGCCGCUGCGGACCGCAGUCGCGCGACCCGGAGGAGACGCCGGCCUGAGGAACUCAGCGAUCCCCGACUCCUACCGGCGCCGCGCCCCGCCCCGCCCCGCCCAUGCGCACGCGCACUGGGCGGCAGCUGGCUGCGCGGGAGCUUUCGGGACACCGGGCGGUGCCCAGCCAGCUGGAGGGAGGGAGGCGUCAGGCGGGGAGGGAAGCAAACGGCGGGACCAGCGGCGACGGUAGCAGCAGCAUGGCCGCGAUCUAUGGGGGUAUAGAGGGGGGAGGCACACGGUCCAAGGUCCUUUUAGUCUCGGAGGAUGGGAAGAUCCUGGCAGAAGCAGAUGGACUGAGCACAAACCACUGGCUGAUCGGGACAGACAAGUGUGUGGAGAGGAUCAAUGAGAUGGUGAACAGGGCCAAACGGAAAGCAGGGGUGGAUCCUCUGGUACCACUGCGAAGCUUGGGCCUAUCUCUGAGCGGUGGGGAUCAGGAGGACGCGGGGAGGAUCCUGAUCGAGGAGCUGAGGGACCGAUUUCCCUACCUGAGUGAAAGCUACUUAAUCACCACCGAUGCCGCCGGCUCCAUCGCCACAGCUACACCGGAUGGUGGAGUUGUGCUCAUAGCUGGAACAGGCUCCAACUGCAGACUUAUCAACCCUGAUGGCUCUGAGAGUGGCUGCGGUGGCUGGGGCCAUAUGAUGGGUGAUGAGGGUUCAGCCUACUGGAUCGCACACCAAGCUGUGAAAAUAGUGUUUGACUCCAUCGACAACCUAGAAGCGGCUCCUCAUGAUAUCGGCUCUGUCAAACAGGCCAUGUUCAACUAUUUCCAGGUGCCAGAUCGGCUAGGAAUACUCACUCACCUGUAUAGGGACUUUGAUAAAUGCAGGUUUGCUGGGUUUUGCCGGAAAAUUGCAGAAGGUGCUCAGCAGGGAGACCCCCUUUCCCGCUAUAUCUUCAGGAAGGCUGGGGAGAUGCUGGGCAGACACAUCGUAGCAGUGUUGCCCGAGAUUGACCCGGUCUUGUUCCAGGGCGAGAUUGGACUCCCCAUCCUGUGCGUGGGCUCCGUGUGGAAGAGCUGGGAGCUGCUGAAGGAAGGUUUUCUUUUGGCGCUGACCCAGGGCAGAGAGAUCCAGGCUCAGAACUUCUUCUCCAGCUUCACCCUGAUGAAGCUGAGGCACUCCUCCGCUCUGGGAGGGGCCAGCCUAGGGGCCAGGCACAUCGGGCACCUCUUUCCCAUGGACUAUAGCGCCAAUGCCGUUGCCUUCUAUUCCUACACCUUCUCCUAGGGGGCUGGUCCCUACUCCACCCACUCCAAGCUCAGUGGACACUGGGUCUGGAAGGAAGGAGUCUUUUGCUUCCUUUCUCCUUUUUACAAAAACAAACAUAGAAGAAAAUAAACGCACUUUAUCCACUCCCCA